UUAGAAGUGAAACUGUAACAUGUUUAUAAAGUAUUCAAUUGUAAUUUUGACGGUUCUUGUUUUUAAGGGAUCUGCCCUGCCACGUAAUGGAGUAUUGGACUUGGAUGCCUAUUUGGAUGAGCUAGAUAGUGCCAAUUCUCAGGAGCGUAUUGUGGGUGGCAACAAUGUUGACGCCGAUGAAUAUAUACCCUACCAAAUUUCCAUGCAAUAUAAACGUAGAAAUGGUCAAUAUGGUCAUUUCUGUGGUGGUUCCAUUAUUUCGCCAAAUCGUAUACUUACUGCUGCCCAUUGUGUAAAUGGUCAAGAUCCUUCGAAAAUUUCCGUAGUAGCUGGUAUAAAUAAUCUGAAUGAUAAAACCGGUACACGUAGUCAAGUUCAAUCUUUUGAAAUGCAUGAAAACUAUGAGGAACUGGUCACUAGCGAUAUUGCUAUUCUGAAAAUUGAUCCACCUUUAGAAAUGGAUGGUAAACGUAUUGAUGUUAUCGAUGUCUUUGACUAUGAGCCAGUUGGUGAAAAACAACAAGUUGUACUGACUGGUUGGGGUUCAGUGCAUCAUUUCGGUAAUGGUAUUUUAGCACGUUAUCCUAAGGAAUUACAAAAAUUAGAAUACCGCACUAUUUCGAAUGAAAGAUGUAAAAGAACAAUGCAACAAUUGACAGAAACUGAAAUUUGUGCUUUAGAACGUUUCGGAAAGGGGGCUUGCAAUGGCGAUUCUGGUGGUCCUUUGGUAAUGAAUAAAGAUGGGAAACUUAAACAGGUGGGUGUGGUUUCCUAUGGUACCGCCUUUUGCGCCUCCAAUAGUCCAGAUGUUUAUACACGUGUUAGCCAAUUUUUCGAUUGGAUCAAAGAACGCAUGGCUUAAAAUAUGAUAUAUAAUUUUAUUUAAUACUAGCUAUACCCAGUGUGCU